CCUCCGCCGGCCGUCGAGCGUCUCUCUGUCCACAUGCGCACAGUGAGGGGGCACACACAGGGAGCAGGACCGGCUCUGGGACUUAUUAUUCGGAGUGAACACCUGGAUUACGAAACACCAUUUGUAUUUUUCUUAUUUCUUACUUUUUCCUAAAUUUGGGGCAAAAGAAAAAGAACCUGCCAUCAUGUCUCGGGCUCCAGAGGAUGCGAGCAAGCUCACUGAAAGUACAUACAAGAAUGUGAUGGAGCAGUUCAACCCAGGCCUGAGGAAUCUGGUCAACCUCGGGAAGAACUAUGAGAAAUCAGUCACAGCGAUGACUCUUGCUGGGAAAGCCUACUUUGAUGCAGUCUCAAAGGUGGGAGAGAAUGCUAUCGUGUCUCCAGUCUCCAGAGAGCUUGGUGUGGUUCUGAUGGAGAUCUCAGAAGCCCACAGAAAGAUCUACAAUGAAAUGGAUGAGAAUUUAAAGAGGUUCCAUAAGGACGUUAUUAUUGAGCUGGAGAAGAAGACAGAGAUGGAUGUGAAAUACAUGAAUGCCACCUUCAAGCGCUACCAGUCAGAUCACAAGCUGAAGCAGGACUCCCUGGAGCGCUCUCAGACUGACCUGAAGAAGCUCAGGAGGAAAAGCCAGGGAAAGCACUCAUCCAAGUAUGAGAUCAAAGAGAAUGAGUAUGUGGAGAGCAUCUCGUCGCGCCAGAUGGACAUGCAGAAGUUCAUCGCUGAUGGCUGCAGAGAGGCCUUACUAGAAGAAAAGAGACGCUUCUGCUUCCUGGCGGACAAACAUUGCAUGUUCUCCUAUCAAAUUAGCAACUUCCAUGAGAAAGCCAAAGAGAUGCUGGCAGUGCAGCUCCCCAGCUGGCAGGAAAAGUGCAGCGACAUCACCAAGGUGCCGGACACGGUGACCACCAUGAUAGAGGAGAUGUCCCCCACUCCAAAACAAUCGCCUCUGGUUGAACAUUACAACAGGAACAACGUGGAAUCAGGGGUGCCUCCUCCAGCACCGCAACUGAAGGCACAGACCAGUCCGCUAGCCAACAUGUUCAACCCAGAGCCCAGGAUUCCUUUCAGCCCCCCGUCAGACCACAACUCAGACCAGAUCAGUCUUGGAGAGCUCAGUCUGUCCCGGUCGACGUCCCAGUCGUCCGGUCUGAAUGUGGGCAAGAAGCCCAGAGUUAGGACCAUCUUUCCCCACAUGGCGGGCAACAACCACACGCUUCUCAGCUUCGACGAAGGCGACAUCCUCAGCCUGCUCAUCCAAGAGGAGAAGGACGGGUGGCUGUACGGAGAGCUGGAGAAGACACAGCAGCGGGGCUGGUUUCCCUCAUCUUACUGCAGACCUUACACUGAACCAGUGAUAUUAAAUAGCAAUCUUGGCACGCCGGUGCGUAGGCUGAGUUCGGCCAGUCUGCAGGAGCAGGAUGAGGAUGAGGAGGAGGAGCCUGUGUUGCUGCCACCGCCAGACUACAGCGACGACACCCCAUCUAGCCCGGUGGUCCCUUCAACCCGCUCGCCACAGAACAAGGUUUCUUUAGCCAAUGGGACUGCAGUGGCUCCCUUUCUAGGAGGAGGGAAUCCAUUUGCCACAAUCAAGCUGAGACCAACAGUCACGAAUGACAGAUCAGCACCACACAUCUAACACAGAAGAUAAUGAUUCUCACCGCUUUCAUGCCUUCAGGGGAAUCAUGCAACAUUGGAAUGAUGCGACACACUAAAUAUCAUCCCCAACCCGACAUCUCACCAGCCUGCAUGCUUGUCUCUCUCAGUAACAGUCUGCUCUAUUAAAGGAAUCCAUUGUUUCUUGGCACAGGUGUGUUUGACUGUGCCAGUGUGUGUUUUACAUCAACCACGACAGAAAAUAUUGCAUCAACAACACUUUGAGAAGCAGAAAUUAAAAGUUUUGUGACGCAAAUAUUUUACGUUUAAGUAGGAAUUCACCCAAAACCGAAAAAUUUAGACUAUGUACACAAUCAAGAUCAUGCACAGGAAUGGCGGACUCCACUACAGAUGAUAAAACCUACUACAGUGUAUAGAUAGGUAAUUACUGAAUGUAAAUACUUUGAAUGGAACUCAGAUAAAGCUAUUGAGGCUUAUUGUGCGUUUGGUGGUCCCACAAAUACCAGUGGAGUUUCUACUGAAAUGCUAAAAAGGAGAUAAAACCUGAAUCUUCAUUUUAGGUGAACUGUCCCUUUAAGAUGCAAAAGAGCUGCUUAAACAGUGUCAUAAGGUCUUUUCCAGCAUGUUUGUGCUGCAGUCAGUGCAGUGUUUUCACAUAAAAUGAAGAGAUCCAGAUUGACUUGAUGCUGAUGAGGAAGACCAGCAUCCAGGCUGUCUACCUGACUUGCCAAAAAUAUAUUGUUAUUCCUGUUUUUGUUAUAGUUAUUUUUGUCUUUCUUUUCUUAAGAGGCAUUAUGAUAUACAAAGAUUGUGAGAAUGAAGGGAGAGUGUUGGGAAGAGGCUUUGUCAUUUGAGUGAAGGCAAAACAGUAUGUCACUGUUUAAAAUGAGAAGGCUAUUUAUAUACACUAAGAUUGUAUGAGAUAUUUAAAUAGAAAAUAUGGGUGCAGAAGUCUAUUCCGCCACCGUACUUAUGAUCCCAAGAUUAUUUUAAUUUGACUGCUGGUAUGUAUUUAAAAUGGGCAAUGACCUUUUGAUGAAGGGAACAUUUUCACUCCUCAUGGUUUCACUGUUGUUUAUCCUGUGUACAAUGCACGGUUUAUACAAAAUAAUAUGUACUAGUAGACAUUUGCAUUGUAUGAAGAAAGUGGGUCUCUGUUUUAAAGUAUUAACUGUAUUGUAAAAAAAGAAGAUUUUUUUGCCAUGUAAAUGCUUUACAAAAUGUAAAUGUAUGAGGAGGAACUGACUGAUGAUCAGCUGAUUGAUCCUCAUAGACCCACUCGUGUGUGUAAGUGAAGCCAGCGUAGUUAUUGCCUCAUGCUUUCUGCAGAGUACCUUGCCACUGUGUUGACCUAUGUAGUCUUUCUUUCUCAAUAAAACA